AUGAAUACUGGUAGUACUCCCAACAGUAUAAAUGACAUCACAAUUGGACAUUUAACAACACCUCAGACUAGAGUCAGGUCAGGGUCAUUGUUUUCCAAUAAUUCGAUUUGGAAUGAUGAUGUCAACAGCACCCAUAGUGCCAACAGUAACAGCAAUUCAAAUAGUAACAAGAGUAAUGGGAGUCCAAUUCAACAAGAUUUUUAUUCAUCUUCUGCCAUGAGAAGUAGAUCCUAUACGACCACAGCAGCAAUUCCAAGUAUAACUGAUUUUUUACAACCAGCUCAAUCUAAUAAUACUAAUACCACCAACAAUCUUUCAACUUCUCCUUUACAAAUUACAUUGGAUCCACCCCCUCAACCUCAACCAAGAUUGAGAUCACAAACUAUUUCGACCCCAGUUACUAUGGAACAGCAACAACAACACAAUUUUUCUCAACCACAAUUUACUAGUAAUAACAACAAUAGCAAUAAUAAUACCCAAUUUCAUUAUAAUAUCCACCUUCAACAACAGCAACUUCAGAAUUUGAAUCUUCAUCACCAACAACAACCUGCUUUGUAUGAUAAUAGUGAUUUUAGAACAUUAAAUCUCACAACCACGUUCCAAAAUCCAAAUUUGGGUCCAACCAAAUUUUUAUUAUUUGACAAUUUACCAUUCUAUAUUGAUGCACAGAAAUUGCAUUCCAUUGUUUCAAAUUCCAUGAAUCAAAGAUCUGUUGGUAGUAUCACUUGUAUUAAAAUCACCACUACCACAACUUCGAAGCUUGCAUUGAUUGAAUGUUCCAAUAUUGAGACAGCAAUGACUUUAAAGGCAAAUUUCAACCAUUUAGAACUUGCUCCAGGUAGUACAUUGUAUGUUGCAUUUGCCAAAAUCGAGGACUCACCACAACAACAGCCACGUAGCCGUCACUCGCCACUUCAAUUGCCAGCACAACAAGUCCAACCUGUUCCACAAAUUCAAACGACUCAACAGUCUCAAUCACAAUCACAAAACAAACUGCAACAAUUCAUACAACGUAGUUUAUCUGAUAAAUCUGACAAACCAACACCAACGGAUAUUUUGACCAUUCAGAAAAAUCUCAUAGAAAUCAUUAGCAAGUUGUCAACUACCGUUGAUAUUAACAAGAUCCAAUCAAUCAUUGACAAAUCUGUCUCAUACCCAAAGAAACAAUACCAAACAGAUUUUGGACCAUUACCUGACCCAAUUCCAUUGAGACAAUUUGAUUCGCCAACUUUGCGUGAAUUGAGAAAAACUUUAGAGAAUAAUGAAGCGCAAUUAAUUGGUCAAAAAGUAUCCGAAGGGGGUGAAACUAUGACUGAGUUUGAAUUGGAAGAAUUAUGUUUAGCCAUGUUGGAUGAAUUACCAGAAUUAUGUUAUGAUUAUUUGGGAAAUACCAUUGUACAAAAAUUAUUCACUUUGGUUGAUUCUCCGUUGAUUAAAUUGAUGAUGGUUAAAGAAAUUGCUCCAUUUUUAACUCAAUUGGGUAUCCAUAAAAAUGGUACCUGGGCUAUCCAGAAGAUCAUCAACUUGUGUCAUUCAGAUUACCAACAAAUGUAUUUAAUUGGGGCUAGUCUUAAACCUUAUGCUGUUAAGUUGUUUAAUGAUCAAUUCGGUAACUAUGUCAUCCAGGGAUGUAUCAAAUUUGGAUCUCCAUUCAAUGACUUUGUCUUUGAAGCAAUGUUGGAUAAUUUCUUGGAAAUUAGUAUUGGCAGAUUUGGUGCACGUUGUAUUAGAACGAUAUUAGAAAGUUGCCAUGAUUCUUCAGCAUCAUCUCCAGUUACCAAUGAACAAGUUUUAUUAGUCGCUGGUUUAAUUGUUGAAUAUGCUAACGAGUUGGUUGUCAAUUCAAAUGGUUCAUUGUUGAUCACUUGGUAUUUGGAUACAUUUAAUGAUUCUGAUUCCAAGAUUGAAUUAUUAAUGUCCAAGUUUUUGCCAAAUUUGAAGUCACUUUGUGUCCAUAAAUUGGCUAAUUUGACAAUCUUGAAGAUUUUAAAUAAUAGAGUUGAUCAAAAGUCAAGAAACAUCACCAUGGAAGCAAUAUUUAACAACCAAGAUGCAUUAGAAUAUAUUUUACAAGAGAGUGAUAAUAGCACUACUGCUGCUGGUCCAUUGUUUAUUUACAAGAUUUUAAGCAACCCAAUUUUGGCUGAUUUGGCCAGUCAACAUAUCCCAACUAUUCGUAAGAUUUUAAUGGAAUUGAAUAUUGUUAAUUUCCAAAAUUACAAGAAAUUAAUGGAUGAAGUUGGCAUUUCAAGUACUAGAAUUGGUAGAAACGGUAGUUCCAAGAGAAAUGGCAAUGCUUCUUCUCAUGGUAACAAUAACAACAAUAGAAGAGGUCAUAAUGGUAGUAUCAGAGGAGGUAAUAAACAUGAUGGAUAUAAUUCUCUCCAUCAAAACGCAUACUAUCAAUCCAACAUGGGCCCAUCAUUGUCACCACAGCAUACUUCAGUUCCUUUAGUUCAACAACUGCAAACAUCUUAUGGAAAUCAAUUUAUUUCUAUGAAGCCACCAAUUUCACAACAAUUUCCAGUGUUGACUCCACAAAUGUACAUGAAACAAAUGUAUAGUCAACAACAACAGCAACAACCAUAUUUCAAUCAAUCACAACCAUUUCAGUUACAACAGCCUCAACCACAACAACAAUAUCUGCCACAAGAUUUGGCAGUAAUGCAACAAUUAGAGCAAUUAUCCUUAAGUUCUGCUGCAUUGGGUUAUAAUUCAAAUCCAGGUACACCAACUUUACAAAGAAAUCUGUUCACUUAA